CGCGGUUGUACUUUAUUCAAUCCGACACUACAGUUUUUGGCGACGAGAGUAAAAUAAAUCUCUAGAUAAAUAGAUAAAUCUUAAUUUGUUUUUCGAUUGUUGUGGUUUUACGGUUUCGGCGAUAAAGUGGAAGAAUGGAUUCGGUCCGAAGAAUUAAACCAUUUGAAAUGGUAGCCGAUAGAUCGAAGUUGCCAACGGAAUGGCAGAAGUGGAAGAGGGAACUGGAGCGUUACUUCGACGCGACUGGAGUGUUUACUCAGUGGGAAAAACGUUCGAUGCUACUUCAUCUAGCAGGACCGGAUAUCCAAGAAAUUUUUGACCACUUGCCUGGAGUCGAUGAUAUUCCGCAAGUUUUAAUUGAUCCUCCAUAUUAUGAAGUGGCGUUGAAGAAGUUGGACGAACACUUCGAGCCAAUGCGUAGGAAAAACUAUGAAAGACACCUUUUCAGACAAAUAUUGCAAAAAUCUGAUGAAAGAUUUGCUGAUUUUGUUCUGCGAUUGCGCAUCCAGGCUAAACGAUGCGAAUUUGACAAAUAUGAUGCAAGGGAAGUGAAUGACAGAAUUAUUGAACAAAUCGUGGAGGGAUGCAAAUCCACCGAGCUUCGUCGUAAUAUUUUGGCUAAGGAUUUGUCGUUGGAAGACAUUGUCACACUGGGAACAACACUGGCAGACGUACAAGAUCAGAUGAAACAACUGGAUCGCAAUCAAUCGGAAGGAAAACCGACAGGAAGCUUUAAUCAUGGAGUGAAUAAAGUGUUCAGAAGUGGCCCAUCAACCAAAUGGCGGUCUGGAGGUCAGCACAACAAAGCCACAUACAGCUGGGUAAACCCAACAAAAACGACAGACAGGAACUGUUUCGCUUGCGGUUACAGAGGACAUCUAAAAGGAGAUCCGUUGUGCCGGGCUAAAAGUGCCAAAUGUUUAAAAUGUGGACAGAUCGGACAUUUCAUAAAUCGGUGUCUAAAGCGUACCAACUCAAUGGAUGUUGCGAUGCCAAAGCCAAAACGGAUUCGACUAGUUGAUAACGAAGAGGACCCAAAGGAAGACAAUAUUUUCUUCGCAAUGGGGAAAAACGCGUUUGAGUUUAUUGUGGGUGGAGUAAAAAUCCCAAUGAUUAUAGAUUCCGGAGCGGCAGCCAAUCUUAUCGAUAAAGCUACCUGGAAGCGAGUUCAGAAGGCAGGAAUUGUUAUCAAGGAUUAUUCAUCGAAAGCGGAUAGGAAAUUGUUUGCCUACGCCACGGACCUUCCAAUGGAAAUCAGGGGAAUGUUUACUGCCGAAAUUCAAGCAGGCCCGAGGAAAGUGGAUGCAACGUUUUACAUUAUUGAACAGGGAAAGAGCAACUUGUUGGGAGAUAGCACUGCGAAACAGUUAAAGGUUUUAAGAGUUGGAUUCGACAUCGGAUCGUUCCAAGCGUCUUCAAAGCGAGAAUUUCCUAAAAUAAAAGGAGUUCUCGUCGAAAUUCCGAUCGACACCAAAGUUCAACCGGUACAGCAGGCUUAUCGCCGGGCACCAAUAUCGUUGGAAGAGCGUAUAUUUGAGAAGUUACAGUAUCUCUUGGACAGGGACAUUAUCGAAAAAGUCGAAGGACCUUCACCAUGGGUAUCUCCUCUUGUACCUGUACUGAAGGAGUCAGGCGAUGUAAGACUUUGUGUGGACAUGCGUCAAGCGAAUCGCGGAGUUCUACGAGAAUAUCAUCCGUUUCCAUUGAUUGAAGAGUUACUCGGAAGCGUGAAUGGAGCAGUCAGAUUUUCGAGAGUGGAUGUAAAAGAUGCAUAUCACCAGCUGGAGUUAUCGGAAGGGUCCAGGGUUAUAACAACGUUUAUAACGAAAUAUGGCUUGUUUAGAUAUAAACGCCUAAUGUUCGGUAUUAGUUGUGCCCCUGAGAUUUUUCAAAAGGUUAUGGAUACAAUAUUAGCAGGACUCGAAGGAGUAAUCGUUUACUUGGAUGAUGUUAUGGUUCACGGGAAAACACAAGAGGAACAUGAUAGAAGACUGGCGGCUUUACUAAAUCGGCUAGAUGAAUAUGGCGUCUUAUUGAACAAAGACAAGUGCUUGUUCAAUGUUGAUAGUUUGGAGUUCCUUGGUCAUUUACUAACUACCGAAGGUAUCAAACCAACUGAUAAUCGAGUGUCAGCAAUCAAGACUUUUAGGGAACCACGGAACGUGUCUGAACUAAGAAGUUUCUUGGGGCUUAUUACUUACGUUGUGUGCAAUGGGGCCCUCCGCGUUCCCAAACCUGUGGAGGUACUGCAGGAAGCAGCCAUGGCCUGA